CGCAACGCAGCGGCAAAAGCGACACUGCCAGCAGCGAGCGGGUGGAACCAGACCAGACCAGACAUGUCGACGACGGAGCCGCUCCUCUCGGCCGGCGCCGAGAAGAAGAAGGGCGGCAAGGGUCCGCGCGUGGGCAUCGACGAGGCGCUGUCGGCGCACGCGGGGGAGUUCGGGCGGUGGCAGCUGCGGCACUUCGUGGCCGUGUCGGCGGCGUGGGCGCUCGAGGCGCUGCACACCAUGGUGAUCAUCUUCGCGGACCGGGAGCCGGCGACCGUGCCGGUGCCCUGCGCCGCCGCCGGGCGGGAGUGGGCCGGUGGCGGCGGUUCAGGCGCCGCUGCGUCGACCGUCGUCGAGUGGGGCCUCGUCUGCGGCCAGCGCUACAAGGUCGGCCUCGCCCAGGCCGUCUUCUUCGCCGGCUGCAUGAUCGGCGCGGGCGUGUUCGGCCACCUGUCGGACUCGUUCCUGGGCCGGAAGGGGGCGCUGCAGGUGGUGUGCGUGCUCAACGCCGCCUUCGGCCUCCUCACCGCGCUGUCCCCGAACUACUGGGCCUACGCGGCGCUGCGCCUCCUCACGGGCUUCAGCGCGGGGAGCGUGGGCGUGCUGGCCUUCGUCCUGGCCACCGAGCCCGUCGGCCCCGCCCGCCGCGGCGCCGCGGGCAUGUCCACCUUCUACUUCUUCUCCGGCGGCAUCGCGGCGCUCGCGGCCGUCGCGGCGCUCUUCCAGGGCUCCUGGCGCGCGCUCUACGCCGUCACCUCGCUCCCCUCGCUCGUCUUCGCCGUCGCCGUCGUGCCGUUCUUCGUCUCCGAGUCGCCGCGGUGGUACCUCGUGCGCCGCCGCCCCGACGACGCCCUGCGGGUCAUCCGCGCCAUCGCCGCCACCAACGGCAGGGCCGUCCCUGAGGAUCUCAGGCUUAAGCUCGACGACGAGGAGCCAGGGAACAAGGACGUUGGUGGGAGUACGGCGCAUGCGGCGUCCUCGGGCUCCAUCGUCGACGUGUUCCGGUCGCCGACCACGCGGGUGCGGCUUGUGCUCUCCGUGCUUAUCAACCUCCUCAGCUCGGUGGUGUACUACGGCCUCAGCCUCAACGUGGUCAACCUCAAGACCAACCUCUACGUCACCGUCGUCGUCAACUCGCUCGCCGAGAUGCCCGCCUACCUGCUCACGGCGCUCCUCCUCGAUCAUUUCGGGCGGAAGCCUCUCGCCAUCGGCACCAUGCUGCUCAGCGGCGUCUUCUGCACCGCCGGGAGUCUCGUACCCGGCGCAGGGAUCAUGAGGGUGGCGUGCGGCGUGGUGGGCAUCUUCGGCAUGGCGGCAACGUACAACCUGCUGUUCAUCUACACGGCGGAGCUGUUCCCUACGGUGGUGCGGAACGCGGCGCUGGGGUGCACGGCGCAGGCGGCGCAGAUGGGGGCCAUCGUGGCGCCGCUGGUGGUGAUGCUCGGGGAGAGGCUGCCGUUCGCGGUGUUCGGCGCCUCGGGCAUCGUCGGCGGCCUGCUUGUCUUGUACCUGCCGGAGACGAUGAACAAGCCCCUGUACGACACCAUGGCGGGUCUGGAGGAAGGGGAGAAGAACGUUGUCAAGUGACACAUGUUGGGAUCUCAGAUCAGAUGAAACGGUCUUUUGUAGUCUCGUGUUCACUACGAUCGAAUGUGCAAUAGUGCAAGAUGUCGCGAGGUGAUGAAUUCCACAAAGACGAGGAGAGUUAGUGCUGGCUUACUGCCAAGGAGUGGGGAUCUAGCGGUGCUGUUUUUCAGGUUACGCUAGUGUACAUCUAAGCGUCCAGCUUGUGCCCGACUACACAUCUCCAAGUUUAACGAAGAAUUGUUUUUCCUCGU